ACGUGUGAGACGCUGGACAAGAUUGACAAAAAGCGCUUCGGAAAAACCUGUCGGUGGGAAAAUACAGCUGGCCUGAGGUCAAAGAUGGAGGCCUGCAAAUGGAGCAGAAUCUUGUGGAUCUUCAUCUUGAAUUUGUCAGGUUUGCUGUUGGUCGAAGGCUCUGCUCGCUGUAGUCUGUUCAGUCGGCAGCACAUACACACGUUUGACGGUGUGAUUUAUGAGUUCCCUGGAGACUGUAGCUACAUGCUGGCGGGAGACUGCAGACACAGAAGCUUCUCCAUACUGGGUGAUUUCUCUCAUGGGAAGAGGAAAGGAGUGACGGUGUUUCUGGGAGAAAUGUUCGAGCUGCACCUCUCUGUGGACGGAACGCUGUCACAAGGAGCAGAGAGGCUCCCGCUGCCGUAUGCAUCGAGCUCUGUGUUUGCAGGGUAUGAACUGGGGUACGUUCGAUUAUGGAGCGAAGAGUUUGGAUUCUCCAUCCGUAUAGAUCCCUCACACAACAUUCAACUAACGCUGGGCAAACGUCACAGCAACCAAACAUGCGGCCUUUGUGGGAACUACAACUAUCUGGUUGAGGACGAGUACAGCGCACAAGAAGGUUUUUUGACAGACGAUCCUUACGACUUUGCGAACUCGUGGGCCAUGAAAGGUGCAGAUGAACCCUGUAAACGUGUGUUACCGCCGUCUCAGAGCUGCAACAGCACUGGGGAAUCAGCCAAAGGGCAGAUGUCUGGAUGUGAGUCUAUGCGCAGCUCUGUGCUCUUCAUGCGCUGUGCUCAUCUGGUGGAUCCGGCUGCGUUUGUGUCUGUCUGUGAGUCUGAUGUGUGUCACUGCAGUGCCGGAGAGGAGUGUGUGUGUCAGGCCAUGCUGGAAUACAGCCGAGCCUGUGCCAGUCGCGGCAUAACACUGUCCAACUGGCAAACACAGAGCCAGUGCUCCCCAAAGUGUCCUGUUGGCAUGGAGUACAGCGACUGCACCCCGACCUGCUCCACUUCUUGUCAAAAUGUGAACAUACAGGAAGUCUGCAAAGAGGAGUGUGUUGACGGCUGCAUCUGCCCAGCGGGGAAGGUGCUGGAUGGCGAUCGCUGUGUUGACGUGUCUCAGUGCUCUUGCACGCAUGCAGGACGACGAUACCCUCCUGCCUCCUCCAUAUCACAGGACUGCAACACAUGUGUCUGUCGGCAUGGAUCAUGGGAAUGCACUAAUGAAGGCUGUCCUGGUGAGUGUUUGGUGACAGGACAGUCGCAUUAUAAAACCUUUGACAACAAGUUCUUCACCUUCAGUGGGAUUUGUCAGUAUCUGCUUGCUAAAGACAGCCAGAGCAACUCUUUUUCUGCCGUCAUCGAGACUGCACAGUGUGCUGACGAUCAAGAUGCCGUCUGCACACGCUCAAUAACACUGAGGUUCAGGGAUCUGGCCAAUCAGACGGUUCGCCUCAAACAUGGGGGUGUGGUAUCUGUGGGUGGAAUGGAUGUGCAAACACCCUUAAUUAAUGGUCCCCUGAGAAUCCAGAAUACCGUGUUGUCAUCUGUGAGACUGCGUUAUGGAGAUGAUUUACAUCUGGAUUGGGAUGGCAGAGGACGUGUUUUGCUCAGGCUAAAACCAGCCUAUGCUGGGCAAACGUGCGGCCUGUGUGGUAAUUAUAAUGGUAACCAGGGAGACGACUUCUUAACAGUGGGCGGCCUGGUGGAGACGCGUGUGGAAGCAUUCGGCAACUCGUGGAAGAUGAACGCAGACUGUGAUGAUGUGCAGAUGCAAAACUCUGAUCCCUGCAGCUUAAACCCCAAAAGAGUGCGUUUUGCAGAAGAGGCCUGUGCUGUUCUACUCUCCAUGAAGUUUGAACCCUGUCAUUAUAUGGUGAACCCUGAGCCGUAUGUGAAGAACUGCCGCUAUGAUGUUUGCGCAUGUGCAGACGGUCAGGAGUGUCUAUGUGAUGCUGUAAACAGUUAUGCAGUCGCAUGCGCCGCCAGAGGAGUACUGAUGAACUGGAGGAGUCACGGAUACUGUGAACUGACCUGUCCGGAUGCGCAGGUGUAUGAGGUGUGUGGCAGUGUGUGUAACCAGACGUGCCGCUCUCUGUCUCUGCCGGAUGCUGGUUGUGACGGUGUGUGUGAGGAAGGCUGUUUCUGCCCCAGAGGACUGUUUCUCAGUGACACGGGCGAGUGUGUGCCUCCACAGCACUGCUCCUGCCACCAUAAUGGAGAGAUCUUUGAGCCCAAUGACAUGAUCGGGGACCAUCACUCCAUCUGUGUAUGUGAGAGUGGAUCCAUGCAAUGCACAUCUAAUGAAGCCACCGGAUCUACUCUGUCUGACCUCUUCUUUGAUGAACAUUCUCCAUCAAGAGGGCGGCGCUCUCUCUCCUGUCCUCCUCCACUGCAGCGCUUUGAGUGUGAGAGCACAAGGGAUGCUGGGAUUGAGUGUGCAAAGACGUGCCAGAAUCUGGAGCUGGAGUGUGUCAGUCUGGGCUGUGUGUCUGGGUGCAUGUGUCCACCUGGAACAGUUCGAUACAGAAAAGCCUGCAUUCCCCAAGAGCAGUGCCCUUGUUAUCAUAACAGCAGGCCUUAUGAGUCAGGACAGAGCAUUACUGUGGACUGCAACACCUGUGUGUGUGAGCAACGUCAGUGGAAGUGUUCAGAGCGAGUAUGUGACGGUGUGUGUCGUGCUAUUGGAGACACACACUACAUCAGCUUUGACGGACUUAAAUUCUCCUUCCCUGGACCCUGCCAGUAUGUGCUCGCUCAGGAUUACUGUAAUGGUCUGGAUGGGACGUUCAGGGUUCUGGUAGAGAACUCGGCUUGUGGCAUCGCAGGUUAUCGAUGCAGUAAAAGCAUCACAGUUCUGUACAUGGGAGGACUGAUUGUCAUGGAGCACGGAGAGGUGAGGAUGAAGAGGCCUGUGCUGAAGGAGACGGAGGUUGAGAUUGUGAGAUCUGGACUGUAUUAUAUUGUUCUGCUCGGCAAACACAUCUCCAUUACCUGGGACACGGGAACCCGAAUCUCCCUGCAGAUCAACGGACAGUACAGGGGGAAAGUGUGUGGUCUCUGUGGGAAUUUUGACGGCAGUCAGAAUAAUGAUCUGUUGAGCAGCAGUAAUCAGAUGGAGGUGGACGCUGCUGACUUUGGAAACUCAUGGAAAGUUCGUCCUAGUUGUGCUGAUGCUGUUUCGGUGGUGUCUCAGUGCAGCACAGACCUGGUGAAGCUAGUGACGGUGGAGCAGUCCUGUCGUGUGCUCACCAGCGCCAUCUUCAGGGACUGCAACAGUGUGGUGGACCCUGAGCCAUACUGGGACAUCUGCACUCAGGACACCUGCUCAUGCCCGUCGGUUGGUGACUGCGCCUGUUUCUGUAACACCAUUGCUGCGUACGCUCACGAAUGUGCUCAGAAGGGGCUGCCGGUCAAUUGGAGGUCCAACGACUUGUGCCCUCUGAGCUGUGAGGAUCUGAAUAAGGAGUCCGGGGUUCAGUGUGAGUGGAGAUACAACACCUGUGCCAGCGCCUGUCCGUCCACCUGCCAGCACCCAGAGCCUCUGAGCUGCCCCGUCACCUGUGUGGAGGGAUGCCACGCCGUCUGCCCGCCAGGGCAGCUUUUAGACGAGGUGCUAAGGAAGUGUGUGGAGCCGUCGCAGUGUCAGGUGUGUGUUCAUGACGGACAGAGAGUCUCGCACGGAAAACAGUUCAUCCUCAACCAUGAAGAUCCACAUCUCUGCCAGAUAUGUCACUGUGAGAGCAACACACUGACGUGUGGGCCGUGUCCAGUAACUGGUUUAACAUCCACACUGGCACCAGCCGCCGUCACUCCCACCCCGCUGCCGUUCUCCACCCCGGUACCCGCGGAUGCCUGCGACAGAGCCAUGGACCUAGCCUUCCUUGUGGACGGAUCUUCAGCUCUUAGCGAAGAUGACUUCAGCAUGAUCAAACUCUUCAUCCUCAGAGUGGUGGAGCGUUUUCGCAUGGGCUCGGCUCACACUCGCGCCACAGUCCUCCUCUUCCACUCCGGUGUGAAAAGUUACGAUAUGCAAGUGCAAAAGUGGAUCUUCAAGAAGAUGGUGCGGGAGAUGCGGUACACCGGUGGUGAUGUCGCGUUCAUGGAUGAAGCCAUAAAAUAUCUUGCCGUCUACAUUUAUGAUAAAAACAAGCGUGAGCAUGCGGGACGUGUUGCGAUUCUAUUGACGGCAAGUGCUAAUCCUCGGCCCAUGCGCAGUACUCAACGUCUGCUGCGUAAAAAGGACAUCACCAUCCUCACGGUGGCUCUCGGGCCCGAUGUUAACAUGGCUCAGGUCAACGAGAUCACGAAAGCCACGCCAAGCAGUCGUGCCUACGUAGUGAGCAGCGUAACAGAGCUGGACGAUGAAGCUUUGAGCAUUACUGACUACCUUUGCACUUUGGGAUUAGAUCCUGAACCUCCAAAGAAACCUCCUACAGCAAAAACCAGCACCACUUCAGUUACUCCAACGACUAGCGCAAUUACUAAACUCACUGUUCCUCCAACUGCUGCAGUUGUAACUGCAUUUCCCAGCAUUCCGAGUGCUGGAACGACACUCAUUCCAACCACGGUCACAACCUACGAUCUUGUGUUCCUCUUGGAAAACGCAAACGCUACGGGCGAGGAUGGCUUCAAUAAGACGCGUGAUUCUUUGAUUGAUAUCAUCACUUCACUUGAUCAGAAAGAGGCGGAGAAUCUACGCAUUACGGUGAUGAUGUACUCGGUCACCGUUACCGUGGAAAUCAGUCGCAUGGAGCUGCAGCACAGAGAGCAGGUGGUGCAACGAAUGCGACAGUUGCGUUGGACCAAAGGUGCCAAGGUCAACACAGGUCAUGCCGUUCAAUCGGUAUACGAGACGGUCUCUUCAGAUACACCCAGUAAGACUCCAGACCAGCUGGUGUUUCUCAUAACACAGAGUCCUCCGACAGACGUCAUUCAGCGGCCUCCGAGCUCCACUCAUAAGAAAAUCUAUCCGAUUGGGAUCGGCCAAAAAAUUCAAUAUGAGGAUCUUGCACUGUUGAGCUUCCCGGACAAGCCAAUCAUGCUGGAGGAUCCCUCUGACCUCAGGACACUGCGGCCUAUGCUGAUCAAUAUCAGUAAGACUGUUAGAAGGCCACUGCUGCCCACACUUCCACCGAGAGCCACACUGCCCCCUUCAGUGCCAUGUUCAAAACCCAUGGACGUGUUGUUCCUGCUAAGAGCUUCUUCAGGUGGCCAGUUUGAAGACUUGAAAACAUUUGUGAAAACGUUUAUAAAGAGCACAAAUAUCGGUCGUAAUGACACGCAGGUGGCGGUGAUGGUGUACGGGGCGAAAUCAGCAGUGGCGGUCACAUGGAGAGAUGAACAGACACAAGACAACCUUCUUAAGCUGCUGGAAACUCUACACGGCAAAACAGACAACACACCACGACUGGGAGCUGCUCUGCGCUUGGCUGUACAGACAGCCGUUUCCUCCACCAGCGGGGCACGGAUGGGCAUCCCUAAAGCUGUGGUUAUGGUGGUGACGGACAGGUCAAUAGACUCGGUGCAAGAGGCAGCAAAUGAGGCUCUGACUGCUGGGGUGUCGGUGUUUCCUAUUGGUCUGGGGAAGCAGUAUGAUCAGAUUGAAGUGAACACACUCGCAGGCCCACAGGCUCAGGAAAACGUUAUUCUGCUCAGCAGCACAGAGUAUCUGCUCGCCAUGGCUGCGUUUGACCAGUCCUUCCCUGACAAACUCUGCAGAGCGGGUCCUCCUGGAGUGUGUGUGGACGAUGAAGGGAAUGAACGAAAGCCCGGUGAGACGUGGAUGCUGGCAGACGGCUGUCACUCAGUGCUGUGCAACCCAUCCGGCACAAUAACAAUGCAGAGCCACCGUAUCAACUGUGAGAAGAUGGAGCCUCCCGUCUGCAAAAACAACCUCCCAGCCCUGCGCUACAAUCACCACUGUGGCUGUACCUGGACCUGCCCAUGCAGUUGCAUGGGCAGCUCCACCAGUCAUGUGGUGUCGUUUUCGGGGGCGGCCCUAAAGGUGAAAUCUGCAUGCUCCUAUCUGCUGCUUCGCUCAGGAGGGGCGGAGCUAGUGUUACAUACUGCUGCCUGUCAAAGCUCGCCCAAUCAGAUCUGCAUGAAGAGCUUGGAGCUGAGGGAGGGCGGGACCAGUGUGGUGCUUCAGGAUGACAUGAAGGUGACUGUGGGCGGUGUUUUGACUGCAGUCCCGUUCAGAACGGAGCGAGUCACUGUGACACAAAUUGGCUCCAUCCUUCACCAGCUGAGAUCUGAGCAGCAUGGCUUCACACUCACCUUCACUCCUCACAGCAAUGAGUUCAUGCUCAAUAUGGACAUCGACAUGAAGCCCAACACCACCGGCUUGUGUGGGUCGUGCUCUGAUGAUCAGUCGGGUUUGCUGUUACCAGACGGCAGUGUGACGACAGACCCUGACGUGUACCUGCAGGCCUGGGCUCUGGGCUCUGAGUGUGUCCAGCAUCAGGAGUUUCAACUCUGUCCUGCAGGUCUGGAGAAAGCCUGUGAUGUGUUAAGCUCUGAGGUCUUCAGCCGCUGUCAUGCUCUGGUUCCUCCGCAGGACUACAUUCAGAUCUGCCGGAGCGUGGCCUGCCAGCCUAAUGCCCUGUGUGACCUGGUGACGGCGUAUAGCACCGUGUGCCGCCAGCAGGGAGUGUGUGUGGACUGGAGGACCAGCAGCCUCUGCCCUAUGUCAUGCUCAGACACGAUGGAGUACUCUGCCUGCCGAAGCGGAUGUUUGGAGCAGUGCGGACAAAGCCAGUUCACUCCCGGUGACAUGAUGGGUGAUGGUUUAUUAAAAGCCAAUGGAUCAGUGUGCUUGAACACUCCCACAGAGGGAUGUUUCUGUCCUGAAGGCUCCGUGUUAAUGGGAGAUAAGUGUGUAGACAGAGAGGCCUGCAGUCAGUGUGUGGAAAACAGCGGGAAAACUCACCAGUUCAUGGAGAGCUGGAAUCCUGAGGACAACCCGUGUGUUCUGUGUGUGUGUCUGGACCAGCAGCGCAUCAACUGUACAGCUCUGCCCUGCACCAAUGCUAAAGCCCCGGAGUGCGGACAAUGUGAGGUUCUCCAGGAGAAGAUGGGAUCCAAGUGCUGCCCUCAAUAUGAGUGUGUGUGUGACACAAACUGCAAGCGUCCAGAUCCUCCUCACUGUGAUCAUGGGCUCAGUGUCGUCCCUCACAAACCCCAGGAGACUGUCUGCCAGUUUACCAAGUGCGUGUGCAAAAAGGAUCAGUGUCCAGAAUCAACAAAACCAUCCUGUCCUGCAUACAAGAAGCUGUCGGUGAAAGCAUCCAGGUGCUGCGAUUCAUACCAAUGCCUGUGCGACUGUCAGAACAUCACCCGCACCUGCCCUCCAGGCUACAUCACCAAGACCAGCACCAAUGACCUGCCAAUGCACAGAGGUCACUGCACACCCGAUAAGGUGUGUGUGGUGGACGCUGUGGUGUACCAGGUGGGCAGCAGGUGGGAGGAGAAGUGUAAAAGCUGCAGAUGCACCGAGCAGACGGACGGACAGACCGGCCUGCACAUCGCUCAGUGUGUGGACCCCGUCUGCAACCAGAUCUGCCCUGUGGGAAGCACAUACUCUCAUUCAGGAGGCGAGUGUUGCGGUCACUGCCGUAAAUCCAGCUGUGUGGAAGGAGGAGGACGUUUGAGGCAGGUCGGAGAGCAGUGGGUGUCUGCGAACGACAGAUGUGUGUGGAGCGAAUGUGUGCAAGUGAAUGAGGAAGUGUUCAUCCAGCAUACAAACGUGUCCUGCCAUCACAUGGACACGCCGGCCUGUCCGCUGGGCACUGAGCUCCAGUGCAAUACAGUGGACGACUGCUGCCCGUCCUGCCACUGUGUCCCAAUGAAUGCCUGCGUGCUGAAUCAAACUGUUAUUGCGGCUGGAGAGCGAGUGAUGCUGGAUGUGUGCACACACUGCGAGUGUGUGGGAGAUAAGCGGAGUUAUCGGCUCUCUUGCAGGAAGAUGAGCUGCUCCUCAUGCUCAGAGGGAUAUGUGAUGGAGCCGAUACCUAAUGCUUGCUGUGGUCGAUGUGUGGCAACCGCAUGUAGCAUCCGACGACCUGACGGAGAGCUGAUCACACUGAAAGCAAACACAACACGUACAGACGGCUGCACUAAACACACGUGUAGUGUAAAUAAGGAUGAAGAACUGGUGAUGGAGACUCUAGUGACCACAUGCCCCCCGUUUGACCGCAAAAGCUGUUUGGAGCAUGGGGGCAAAAUAAGCCAGAUCAGAGACACCUGCUGUAACAUGUGUACUGAACCCGAGUGCAGAAGGACUGUCGGUCUUCUGAACUACAUUAGAGUAGACGACUGCCAAUCCGAGGAGAAGAUAGAACUCACUUACUGUGAGGGAAAGUGUGGCAGCAAGUCUAUGUACUCUCUGGAAAAACACACAGUGGAGAGCGAGUGUGUGUGCUGUUCGGCUACAGGCACGGUUCCUAUGAAUGUUUCUCUGCGCUGCGCCAACGGCACACAAACACACCAUCAAGUCCUCGCCGUCACUGGCUGCGACUGCAUGUCACACACCUGUCCAAGUGAUUGAAAAUACACACACACACCAUAUAAACUCUCACAGUACUGAACACUGCUGCACUACACUUUCAUAUAAGCAUCAACAGCAGAUUGAAGUAAGCAACCACUUGAUAAAUAAGCAUUUUACUAUCAAAUUUCAGCAUAUAAAACAUUAACCAGAUUGCUAAAAUGAUCUGUCUAUACAAAUAUACUCUUGUUCAUGAUCAUUGACCGUGUGUGUGUAGUGUAUGGGUGUUUCUUCAAUUAAACUACAAUAAAUG